AUGCUUCAUCUCAUUAGACGCACUAAACAUUUAUUCCCACUGCAGAAGAGGUACUUAUGCAGGAGUCCCCUGGCAUAUUAUGGAACGAAUCUGAGUGCGUUAAACGAGUCAGUCCUAGAGGAAGUUAAUCCAUCAUUUACAGAGAUGAUUGAUUACUUUUUUAAGAAAGCCGUUAUUCAAGUCAGACCAAGGCUUUGUGACAUAUUAAGAGAGAAGAAACUAGAAGAAGACGCCAUACCCAACAGAAUUGACGGAAUAUUACAGACAAUGCGGGCGACCGAAAGAAUCCUUCGCAUUUACUUCCCUUUUCGCAGAGAUGACGGGUCGUAUGAAAUGAUGGAGACGUAUACUGUGCACCACAGUCAGCACAGGUUGCCGGUAAAAGGAGGUAUUCGAUUCUCUCUUGGAGUAUCUCCUGAUGAAGUUGAAGCUUUGGCUAUGAUAAUGACAUUCAAGUGUGCAACUGUGCAGGUUCCUUUUGGAGGAGGCAAAGGUGGAAUUAAAAUGAAUCCAAAGUGUUAUACUAAACUUGAAAUUGAAAAGAUUACUAGGCGAUAUGCACUUGAACUGAUGAAGAGAAAGUUUUUAGAACCAGGUGUGUAUGUGCCAGCACCAGAUGUAAAUACUGGUUCCAGAGAAAUGUCAUGGAUAGCAGAUACAUAUAUCAAGUCAUUAGGUUACAGUGAUCUAGCUGCAUUGUCAGUAGCCACUGGAAAGCCUAUAGAUCAAGGUGGUAUAAAUGGCCGCGUGGAAGCAACAGGGCGCGGAGUUUACUUUGCUCUUGACUUUGUCCUAAGGCAAGAAGAGUGGAUGAGGUUCAUUGGGCUUGAACCAGAGUGGCCCUGUAAAAAAGUCAUUAUUCAGGUUAUAGAUGGUCUUCCAUCAUAUGAGUGUAUUAAAUCUAGAAACUCAUCUGUUGAAUUUACAGGAUUGUUCAGGAGCCAUAAUUUUAAUUUCUUUUGUAGUUCUGUAUUGGACAAUGUGCAUCAGCAUUAUAGUUCCAUUAACUUUAAAAUUCUGAGACAUUUUAUUAGCACAGCAUCAGAAACCUGUCUGCUACUGAAAUUAACAAAUGUUAGGGACAGACAGAGCAGGUUUCAAGUGGCUAUUCAUGUUGGAAGUGUAAAUUUGCUGGUUAUAAAAGUUAUAAACAAUUUGAAAUUUAUUAGACAAAAACUACAGACCGUCCCAUUUUUGAGACGUUGGCCAAAUGCGCUAUCCAAAUUGGCAACCUUAUUCUCCAUGCAUAAUGUUGUAAGAAACAACACGAACAAUAAAUAA